AUGCAAUCAUUAGAAGAUUUUUUUCGAGAAGAUUUCAAUGUACGAAAAAUAACAAUCCAAUUAACAACUAUUAAUGAUGCACCAUUUGAAUCAGAAGAUUUUUAUAUUGUUUAUUGUGUCGCACAACAAACACGAUUUGAAGCUACUGCUGAGCAAGGAUUUGUUGUUUUACUUGAUUGUAUAGCUGAUUUACAUCGAUGA